AGCUGCUUACCGGAAGUGUCCACGGUGUACGUACUUCCUCUCUGCUGUCAUCCCUAGUAGGUUUCCAAACAAUCCUAUUGUUCCGUCUCUCUGUUACUCACUGUGGACACAGCACACUAUAUACGAAAUACAUACUGCUGGGACCAGCUGACCAGCCCGUUGAUCAGCAGAAUGAGCAGUGGAGGAGGGAUAGAGAGUGGGAGGCCCGCCAAGGUCGGCUCCGUGGUGGAGGUCAUCGGGAAGGGCCAGCGUGGCACUGUAGCCUACGUGGGCGCCACCCUCUUCGCCUCGGGGAAAUGGGUGGGCGUCAUCCUGGACGAGGCCAAGGGCAAGAACGACGGCACCGUGCAGGGCAAACGCUACUUCACCUGCGAGGAGAACCACGGGAUCUUUGUCAGACAGUCCCAGAUCCAGCUGGUGGAGGACGGUUCUGCCGCCACGUCACCAGAGACUCCAGACUCUGUCACCUCCAAAAUCCCCCGCCAGAGAGAUAUCCCUGAGACUCCGAGAGCAACCAAACAGACCCCCGUGAGCAUCAAGAAGCCUGCUCCCCGUCGCUCUGCCAAGUUGACCACGCCAGGUCGUCUGGUAUCGGCCACCUCCCUCCCCUCCCUGUCGGUUCGUUCCCUGGGCCGCUCCCCCGCCCGCCCCGUGACCCCUCGUGCGACCUUCUCCUCCUCCUCCUCUCUCCUCAGUGUCAGUGAGGCAGGCCUCUCCUCCUCUCAGGGGGCCCUGGCGGCCCCGGUCGUCCCCCAGCCCAGCGGCUCACCCUCGGCCACAGCCACGCUGGCCCCCGCACCUUCCGGCCCGACCAAGAUGGAGCUGGUCGAGCCCAAGCAGGAGGAAGACUCCCUGCGGGCCCAGGUGAAGGACCUGGAGGAGAAACUGGAGACCCUGAAGAUGAAGCGGGCGGAGGACAAGGUGAAGGUGAAGGAGCUGGAGAAGCACAAGAUCCAGCUGGAACAGCUGCAGGAGUGGAAGACCAAGAUGCAAGAGCAGCAGCUGGACCUCCAGAAGCAGCUCAAGGAGGCCAAGAAGGAAGCGCGGGAGGCGGUGGAGGGCAAGGAGCGCUACAUGGAGGAGAUGUCUGACACGGCGGACGCCAUCGAGAUGGCCACCCUGGACAAGGAGAUGGCGGAGGAGCGGGCGGAGUCGCUGCAGGUGGAGGUGGACUCCCUGAAGGAGAAGAUGGAGGAGCUGUCUAUGGACCUGGAGAUCCUCAAGCACGAGAUUGAGGAGAAAGGCUCAGACGGAGCCGCCUCCAGCUACCACGUCAGACAGCUGGAGGAGCAGAACGGCCGCCUGAAGGAGGCUCUGGUCAGGAUGCGGGACCUGUCGUCGUCAGAGAAGCAGGAGCAUGUGAAGCUGCAGAAGCAGAUGGAGAAGAAGAGCACAGAGCUGGAGACCCUGAGGGGCCAGAAGGAGAAGCUGCUGGCCGAGACCAAGGUGGCUGAGGCCACCAUCGACGAGCUGAAGGAGCAGGUGGAUGCGGCCCUGGGUGCGGAGGAGAUGGUGGAGACUCUUACAGAGAGGAACCUGGAUCUGGAGGAGAAAGUGCGGGAGCUGCGUGAGACGGUCGUUGAUCUGGAGGCAAUCAACGAGAUGAACGACGAGCUGCAGGAGAACGCGCGGGAGACGGAGAUGGAGCUGCGGGAGCAGGUGGACCUGAGCGGGGCCAAGGUGCGAGAGGCCGGCCAGAGGGUGGAGGCCUCUCAGGAGACACUGGCGGACUACCAGCAGACCAUCAGCAAGUACAGGGAGCUCACCGCCAGCCUGCAGGAGACCAACAGGGAGCUGACCAACGCCCAGAACACCAGCGCCGAGCAGAUCCAGGCCCCCACCGAGCUCUUCGACUUCAAGAUUAAGUUUGCCGAGACCAAAGCCUACGCAAAGGCCAUCGAGAUGGAGUUGAGGAAGAUGGAGGUGGGCCAGGCCAACCGACAGGUGUCCCUGCUCACCUCCUUCAUGCCAGACUCCUUCCUCCGCCACGGGGGAGACCACGACUGCCUCCUGGUUCUGCUGCUCAUCCCCAGGCUCAUCUGCAAGGCGGAGCUGAUCAGCAAGCAGGCCCAGGAGAAGUUUGACCUGAACGGCAACGUGCUGAAGGGGCCUGAGAUGCGGGGCCCUCCGGGGGAGCAGCUGAGCUUCGCCUCGGGCCUGGUCUACUCCCUGACCCUGCUGCAGUCCACCCUGCACAAAUACGAACAGGCUCUGGGUGGCUGCAGCGUUGAGGUGUUCAAGCUGAUGGGCACGCUGUACUCUGAGAUGAGCGUGCACGAGCGCUCCCUCGACUACUUCAUCGACCUGCUGCACAAGGACCAGCUGGACGAGACCGUGCAGACCGAGCCUCUCACCAGGGCCAUCAAGUACUACCAGCACCUGUACAGCAUCCACCUGUCACAGCAACCUGAGGACUGUACCGUGCAGCUCGCCGACCACAUCAAGUUCACCACAGUGGCUCUGGACUGCAUGGGGGCCGAGGUGUCCCGUCUGAGGGCCUUCCUGUCCGCCGGCCAGGAGACCUCCGCCCUGGCCGUGCUACUGAAGGACCUGGACACCUCAUGCUCCGACAUCCGCCAGUUCUGCAAGAAGAUCCGCCGCCGCAUGCCAGGCACCGAAGUCCCGGGAGCGCCCGCCGCUCUCACCUUCGCCGCCUCGGUGGCGGAGACACUGGCGGAGUGCAGGCGUCAGCUGACCCGGGUGGUGGCCGUGCUGCAGGAGCUGGCGGCGGCCGGGGCCCAGAUGAUGGCGCCACUGGCGGAGCAGGACGGGCUCCAGGCCCUGCGGCUGGAGGACGUGGCCUUCAAGGCCGUGGAGAAGGUAUACGGCCCGCAGGACCUGAACCCCCAGGACUGUCUGCAUCAGUCCUGCUGCGCCGUCAUCGCCACCAUGAACAAGAUGGCCACCGCCAUGCAGGAGGGAGAGUACGACGCCGAGAAGCCCCAGGGCAAGGUGCCCCCUGUGGAGGCGCGGGCUGCGGCGGUGCGGGCCGAGAUGACUGAUGCAGAGGGUCUGGGGGUCAAGCUGGAAGACAGAGAGACCAUCAUCAAGGAGCUGAAGAAGUCUCUGAAGAUCAAGGGGGAGGAGCUGAGCGAGGCCAGCGUGCGCCUCAGCCUCCUGGAGAAGAAGCUGGACACCUCCACCAGGGACGCGGACGAGCGGGUGGAGCGCAUCCAGACCAAGCUAGACGACACCCACAGCCUGCUGAAGAAGAAGGAGAAGGAGUUUGAGGAGACCAUGGACGCCCUCCAGGCUGACAUCGACCAGUUGGAGGCGGAGAAGGCGGAGCUGAAGCAGCGACUCAAUAACCAAUCAAAGAUGACCAUAGAGGGGCUCCGAGGUCAGCAGGCGGCGUCUGGGAUCGCCUCCAUUGUGCAGGGUGCGGCCGUACCAGCCGGCAUGGCCCCGGCCGUGGCGGGCCCCAUGCAGGUGGUGGACUCCCCUCUUCUGCGGCAGCAGGUGGAUGCCCAGCGGCUGGGCAUGAGGCACCUGAAGAAUGAGAACAUCAGACUCAAGGCGGAGAAGAUGAGAGCGCAGCUGGCGUCCCUGGCCCCGCUCUGCCCUCCGAGGCUGCCUCAGAUUACCAGCGAGGGCUCCACCUCCACAGAGAGCCUCAACACCGCCAUCUACCGGCGCACCGACCAACUGCAGGCCACAUUACUCAAGCUCAGCUCCCAGGUCAAGGUGGUGGACAUCACCGGGAAGACGCCAGUCAGUGCCAGCGCCCAGCUGCUGGAGCAGACGGCUCGGCUCAAGAGUUUCAGUGAUGCCGUGGACAGACUCAAGGGCGAGGUAGCGGAACACGUGGUUUCACACCAGCCAGGAGCCAAGGUCGCCUCAGACUUCUCCACCUUUCCCGUCUCCUCCUUCACCAAGGCCCGGGAGGAGAGGCAGGAGGGGGCGGUGUUGGUGGGCCGCGUGGCCAUCCCCUGCCCCCGGGGCCAGGAGCAGACCCACCGCCUCGUCCUGUCGCAGCUCCAGCUGCAGCAGGUGCACCGCCUGCUCAUGGUCUGACGGGGACGGAGCCCUUCGUCCAGCCCCCUUUCCCGAGGGGGCCCGCCCGCUGCGAUGCGCCUGCCUGCGUUCCCCCUCUACGCUCUUCAUGAAGUCGUCUCGGGAAAGGGGGCCCAUAGUCGCAUUAUGCUAGCGUGACGCCAAAGGGACACUUGAUCGUGUUCUGGACCAGCAGUGGUAAAUAUCAGUGUAAUCUCAGUAUAGCAGGGUUUAAAAUUGGGAAAGCAAAUAGAGAAUGAAUUGACUGAGAAAGAGAUUUGCUGUAGUAAAAUCGUUAAAUUAAUACUUUGUCACCAACACUACCUUUUUGUAUUCACAUUGAUUCAUCACAUAACCCUUUCUGAUAUGCAUGUUAUAUUCCACUAGAUUGAGUAGUUGGACUGUCAGAUUUCUCGGACUCGUGUGCCGUUGUCUGUAAUCCUACAUGAAGCUUUCCUUCCAGACGCUUCUUACGUAUUGUCAUUUUCCACGUCGUAUACUCAUCUUAUUCUGCUCUUUACCGUUAGUAUAGUUGUAACCUUUUCCAAGUUGAAAUAAAAAUCUUUGCAACUCU